GUGUGAACCUCAGCAUCACGGCGGACCAACGAGGUUAAUUAGUUCAAAGUGGCCUCUCAUCUGCGUCGCGACGAAGACGCCCGGGGGCACUCUGGCACGAUCCGAACGUCCAAAUACGUGACCGUGCACGAGACGAUCUUUAUUACGGCUGGAACCGUCCGCGGGGCGCUAAGGUUCAGACCUCGCGACGUUUAUCCGCAUUUUGCUUUUAUGUAAGAAAUAUAUCCUCGGGCGCGCCAUCCAUGACUCCGCCUUUUACAAACUCUUCUCGUUACUCCGCACGAAAUUGUAAUUUAUACAUCGGCCGCGCCGAUCGAGAAAUUUCAAACGCUUUAAUUCGCUUCUGUUUCAAGCUCGGAAGUUAAUUGCGAAUUCAAAUGUGAGACGAUCGAUCGUGAAUAUUCUUCGAGAUUAGAAUUUUCAGGCGUGAGUGCGCGAGGUGCGAAAUAUGAAACGAUUUGCUUCAAUUUAUGUGUGACAUUCAAAGCGAAUUUAAUUUAAUUUCGUUACUUCUUGUAAGGAUAUUUAUUAAUAACGCUGACGGUUUUUCGAAGGACGCGCGUAUUCUUUCCUCACGUUUAAUUCACGUCAUCGUACAAUGGUGAGCAAGCUCUGGUGUCAGGAGAUCGGGCGCAGAUGGAAGCAGGCGGGCAGACAAGAGCCGCCACAUGCUCGUCUGCUAUCCGAGCCGAAGUGUCAACCGUACGUGGCCAUUUGGUAUUUGUACUAUCGUUGGAUUAUCUUCCUCGUGUGGGCCAGCUUCGUCGUGUGUUCGAUAUUCGAAUUUGGCAGCUACAAGAAACUGUGGCAGCACGAGAAAUGGCCGAUCUAUCUGACCAACUGGGAUGCGGUGUUGGGUUUCACCCAGGCGCUAAUCGGUGGUAUCCUCGUGUCGAAGCGAUGGCAAUUGCAAAAGAUAUCUGGCUUCGACCCCAGCAAUCUCAAAUUGGAGUUCACCGAGCGGGUAUAUUGGUUUCUAUACGUCGUCACGACUAAUAUGGCAAUCGGCGUAACAAUGUGCUACUGGCUCGCCGUAUAUAAUCCGGAGAUCCAUCAGGUGGAUCCACUUAACAUUAUGAUGCACGUAUGCAACAGUGUGCUAAUGCUGGUUGAUCUAUUUGUCACCAGCAUAUCGUUUCGUCUGCGAAACUUUUGGUGGUGCCUUUCGAUCGUAUUUUUCUACGUUAUUUUCUCAGUGAUAUAUUACGUUGCCGGCGGUCUAGACAAGUAUGGCUAUCAUUACAUCUACAAAGUCCUCGAUUGGAAGAAACCAGUGCGGACAUUGCUCAUUUGUAUCGGUGGUUUUACGUUCGUUACAGUACUGCAUUGCGUCAUCUGCAUGCUGGCGAACAUCAGAGAUCGAAUCUAUCGCAAGAUCGCCAAGAGAUUCAAUAAACCUGCGCAGACAAACAUGACGGAUAAUAAACAGCUUCCGGAAAAAUUGGAAGUAGUUUAACCGAUAGAAAUUAUAUAGAAAUGUGUUACGCCUUCGUCAGAGAAAGAAUUUAAUAACUGUGGGCACGUAGGUUCAUUGAUUAUUGGGGCAAUUUAAAAUUCGGCAAAACAAAGAAAAUGUGCCUUCUUGACACAGUUAUAUCUACAAAUAGAGGAGUCCUUCUCUGGCGAGCGAGCUUUUUAUGGACUAGCUUGUUUGCAACGACGAAAUAUUAUUAAAGGAUAUUUAACAGAGUGUUUGAUGAGUGAUACGACUGAGUGAUUCCUUCUGCGAUUUUAUGAGCUUUUUCUUAUAUAUUUCUAGCAAACUAAAAAACAAUGAUUAUCACUAUUAUCGCUUAUCAGUCGGGAUAUAAUUCUGAUUGUAAAGUUCAUUCCCAUUUUAGAUUCUACGUAAAAUUGCUUAUAUUAGAAAAUAUAGUAAAUGACAGUAUUGUAAAAGGUCGAUAUUGCUGAAUGCUUUUUUGAUUAUUAUAAUUAUUAUUAUAAUCAUUAUUAUAAUCGUUAUUAUUCCGAAUAUGUGUUUAUUUUUCAUAUGAGAACAAAGAUUCAUGUAAAC